AUGCGACUCGAAAAGUGCUGGUUCUGUAGCUCGACAAUAUAUCCAGGCCAUGGAAUAUGUUUCGUUCGAAACGACUCGAAACUGUUUAAAUUUUGUCGCACUAAGUGUCAUAAGAACUUUAAAAUGAAGCGGAAUCCUAGAAAAGUGAAGUGGACAAAAGUAUAUCGUGCUUUGCAAGGUAAAGACUUGUGCAAUGAUACGGUAUUUCAGUUUGAGCGUCGAAGGAAUCGUCCAUUAAAGUAUAAUCGCGAAAUAAUUAAUUCCACUUUAAGUGCGCUUGGUAAGUUAGAUGCCAUACGUAGUCGUCGAACAAAUAGGUUCUUCGAAAAUAGAGUGAACAAAGCGAAGGACGUGAAAUUUGUGCACGAUAAGCAGCUGAUAGAGCAGAAUAUUGGUCUUGUUCGAAGUUCACACAACGGGAGAAUGAAAGACACCAAAGAUUCAAACAAAAUAAAAUUAGAUGCGUCGAUGACCUUGUUUCAUAGUAAACAGGAAGAGUAG